AUGCCUGGUCAUGAACAACCCCACGCCCAUCAACCCCGUACGCCCAUCAUCAUCAACCCCACGCCCAUCAUCACCAAGAACAACCCUCACGCCCAUCAUCAACCCCCAUGCCCAUCAUCACCGAGAAACUCACGCCCAUCAUCAACCCCACGCCCAUCAUCAAGAACAACCUCACCCAACAUCAUCAACCCUACGCCCAUCAUCACCAAGAACAACCUCACCAUCAUCACCAACUCCACGCCCAUCAUCACCAAGGCGACAACCUCACGCCCAUCAUCAUCAACCCCACGCCCAUCAUCACUGGGCGACAACCUCACGCCCAUCAUCAUCAACCUCACGCCCAUCAUCACUGGCGACAACCUCACGCCCAUCAUCAUCAACCCCACGCCCAUCAAUCACCAAGAACAACCUCACGCCCAUCAAUAA